GCCUUCGAUUGUGGUUUUCGUACUGGCGGCUUAGCUAUUGGGAAUUUGUUAAGGUAAGACACUGAAAAGCAAAGAAAGCUAAAGCUUAUCAGGGUGAUCAGCUUCAGAAGAUACGACCAGGGCGACUCGUUGACCGAGGGAUCGACCUCCCUAUGACAUUCGAUUACGAAUACUCUCCCCGUCCACCAGAGAUAACAGCGAAGGAUCCAUGGAUAUCAAGACACGAGUUCGAAGAAAUAGUUAAAUCAUGUAUCACGCCGUGCUGGCUCGGCUCUUUCCCUACAUUACUCGGAAUCCACGACUGCGCUUGCCCCGAAGAUAAUGCCACACGCCUUGUAGAUGCCUUACCUAAGCGGGAUUCUGAGUUCAUGAUUCAUAGUGCCAGCGAUGACGGAAAUUACGUUUGGGGCAUCCAUGCAAGAUAUGUGGUGUCGUCGUUCUAUGUCUUUUCGAUUCACUUCGCUAUCCUCGGAAUCACUGUGGGCCUUUGGGUGUGGUGGCAAAGGAAUCAUCCGGGUGAUCUUCAGGGUGCAUCAGUUCCGGUGACUGUCGCGGGAAUUUGCAUAUCGACUUUCUGGGCUAGUACGGGGAUUCUUAAAGGACUCCGGUGAGAGUUAGAUGAGUCACUCAUAUCAUUAUUCGGUCGCCUAAGUGUUUUACAG